CGCCAACAAGGCUUGUCGGCGAUGUCGGGCGCGUAAGAUCAAGUGCAACGGGCAAAGGCCAACUUGCGCGACAUGUCAGAGCGCUCCCUCGCAGUGCCUGUACGACGUGGAUCGUCGGCGUACAUCCAGAACCAGUAUGAAAGAGGGUUUUCAGCAAGUCGAUAAGAAGAUUGCACAUUUAGAAAGGCAAUUAGCGAGACUCCGGCAACCGGCUAUGCAAUGCGAAAUAGACACACAUCUGCAAUCACACGCCAUGUCGCCUCAAGUCCCCUCUCCAAUCGACUCAAACCCUGCUGACCCAUUGCCGUCAAAUGAGACGGGUGAGAGCCAACGCGGAGUCGAUAUCUUGUCGACGCAAUGUUCGCCUUCAGUUAGCGACGCUGUGUCCACUAACAUUCACGCUUUGGUUCAGACUGAAUCGGGUGCAUCAGUCUAUGGACCAGCGUCUGUGUUGCACGUACCACCAUUGACAAACGCUGCAUCAGGCAGGCCGCGUGCUGGAAGUGAAGUUUCGCGAUCUUAUUCGAAACAGCAACGCAAUCCUACUGAUCAAUUUAGACAGCAGCUAUUUGCGUACUCCGCACUGGAGUUUCAAAAAGAACACGCAAACAUGCUAGAAAGGAAAUACGACCUCGAUGGCGUGGACUGGGAGACAGCAAAUCACCUGCUUGAUAUCCACUGGAACCUUCACCACCUCGGAUUUCUAAUGACCUACCGUCCUGCCAUUAUGGACAGCUUGGCUACCGACGGCCCUCACUGUAACAAGCUCUUGUUGAAUGCCAUCUAUUACUCCUCGGCACUACAAAGUGCUCGGCCGAAUAUGCAAGAUGAUCCAGCUUAUCCUGACUGUUAUGGGACAAAGUUUUUCGAAAGGUUCAUGUCGCUCAUGCCGAUGUACCUCCAUUCUUCAUCGACGACUUCCAUAGCUGCAUUUGCGACUAUGGGUUCGGCUUGUGUGUCACACGGAAGACAGGCUGUGGGUUGGCUUUUGGCCGGGAUAGCAUAUCGAAUGAUAAUCGACCUUGGCUUACAUGUUGAUCCGGAGAAGAUUCAGAUCUCCAGUCUCGUACCCGGCGAGCCUCAGAUUUGCAAGACUGCGAUAGAAAUUGAAAUUCAGCGUCGCUACGUUUGGGCGUGUUAUAUGCUGGAUCGAUUUCAGUCACUCUACUUCGGUAGGCCACCAGCACUCAGCAUGCCAGAUGGACUCGAACCGCCCGAUGCGGUGCUCGACACCUACGAAGAGCUCGAGACUUGGAAACCCUACAUUGAUCCCGCGGUACCUCAGAAGAUUCCCGCAUUUAUACCUCAACCAGCUCGUGCUACAUCUACGAGACACGCCCUCCUCGGCAUGGCAAAAAUAUCAUCACAGAUAACAGAUCGCUUCUACGGUCCACAGGCUUGCAAGUUAUCGGCAGGAGCAGCGCUUUCCGAGGUGCAACGCGUUCAACACUUGCUCGAUCGCUGGAAAGAUGAUCUGCCCCAGAACUUACGAUACACCGUUGGCGAUUCUGUCGUGCCCCCACCCUUCAGAUUCAAUAUGCAUAUGCUUUUCAGCUUACUCCAUAUCCUUCUUUAUCGUCCAUUCUUGCAAGACGGACACUUGGAGGCGCUCAAUAUCGACGAAGCCGACCAUCGCAGCAUCUGCGUGGAUGCAGCACAACAAAUUUAUCUUCUAGCACGAACUUAUCGCGACACCUUCACACUUCGCGGGGCAACGUAUCUCUUUUCGUAUGCUGUCUUCUCGGCAGCCACCAUCAUUCCUCUACAUAUGUCGCCUGGAUCUCGGGACAACAGUCAGAUGGACAUAGUCGUUUUCUUCUGGAACGCCCUCAAAGAGCUACAGAAUGGCGCCAACUUCGGUUUUCGUAAACCUAUCAUGAUAAUUAAAAGAAUGUUUGAACGCUCAGGGAUUGACUUCAUGACCAUGGCAUCAACGCAGAGAGGGGACCACAGCCCCACGGGAAGGAGCAGUAAUCAAGAACGCCAAGAGGAGAGUCUGCCUCUAUUGCCAGACAGUGGCAUGGACAUUCAACUCGACGAUCUCUACCACGAUAUACUUGAUAAUGUCGAAUGGCCAGACUUCAUGGAGGACGUGGAAACGACGGCAACCUCUGAUCCACUCUUUGGGCUCUUUCGAUCGAGCGGUGAGGGCGACCUUGUUGGGGAAAGGCUGUCACAUCUUUCGAGGGGCACAUCACCUCUUGCCAGCUUAUUCUGAGUCAACCACAACCAACCAUUCGGAUCUCAAGCGCUCGUCAUAUCGUAGAGGUACACGUCCUGUUACGACAGCCUACGUGCCACUUAUUGUGACCUUCGG